GCUCUUCUUCUUCUUCCUAACAAUCAACAAACUUCUCGCAUCUUUACAGUUAUUCUUUACUGUACAGGCGUAGUGAGAGAGACCUUGUACAGGCCGCUUCAGCGACGACGACGACUUCGACUUCUUCACUACUAUACCCACCAUUCGUACAUUCCCGCCAGAGGCUGCCCGGGGCCGUUUCGUCACCACAACAAAUCGCCCGUUCUUCGCGCAAUCACUGCUCGCAAGUAUCUGCCGAUCUUUCUUCAGUCGAGAUAGGAUCUCGCAGUCGUACAUCUCAGCUUAUCGCUUGCGAUCUUGACGGUGGCCAUCAUGCCUCCCACAUCCGCGACCAGCUAUGGGCAGGUCAUUGAGUACAUCCAAGACCGUUUGUACCUAGCAUCAUACACACACGAGCCCGAUGCAAACACACCAUUCCCAUAUCCUCGACAGAGCCGCUCCCCAAGCAAGCGAUCGACCAAGGCACAGGGUUCGAUUGCAACCGGUCCAAAGGUGCACCCUCCAGUAUACUUCAGCAUCGAUAAGCAUCUUCUCUACAAUGCUUUCCAUGCCGACUUCGGUCCGUUGCACAUCGGCCACCUUUACAGGUUCGCGGUGCAGUUGCAUGAAGUUUUGGGCGACCCUGCGAACGAGGAUAGGGGUGUUGUUUUCUGGAGCAAUGCCGACUCAAGGAGUCGCGCAAACGCUGCCUGCAUUCUUGCCUGCUACAUGGUCCUCAUUCAGUCAUGGCCACCUCACUUGGCUCUUGCACCAAUCGCGCAGAUGGACCCACCACCAAUGCCUUUCCGCGAUGCAGGCUACAGCCAGGCCGACUACGGAUUGACGAUCCAGGAUGUCGUGUAUGGUGUAUGGAAAGCAAAGGAAGAGGGCCUUUGCGGCCUCAAGGACUUCAGCCUCGAGGAAUAUGAGAAGUACGAGCGCGUCGACAUGGGAGACUUCAACUGGGUCACACCAAGCUUUCUCGCAUUCGCUUCUCCCCAGCACAAACCCACUCAUGUGAUUCCCGAGUCUUCACCAAUGUACUCGACAUUGCCUCAGAACAUCCCCGAGAUCCAACGAUCAAACCUCCCCACGCCCUUCAAGAACGUUCUCUCCCACUUCUGCGCGCGCAACAUCGGUCUUGUGGUCCGCCUCAACUCCGAACUCUACUCUUCCUCGUACUUCACUGCAGUUGGCAUACAGCAUUUGAACAUGAUCUUCGAUGAUGGCACCUGCCCCCCUCUCUCGCUUGUUCGACAGUUCAUCAACCUUGCUCAUGACAACAUUUCGCGCAAGAAGGGUAUCGCCGUGCAUUGCAAGGCCGGUCUUGGCCGAACUGGAUGCUUGAUUGGCGCUUAUCUCAUCUACCGUCAUGCCUUCACUGCCAACGAGAUCAUUGCCUACAUGCGCUUCAUGCGCCCUGGUAUGGUCGUUGGUCCCCAGCAGCAUUGGCUUCACUUGAACCAGGCCACAUUCCGAGAGUGGUGGUUCGAGGACACCAUGAAGGCGAAGUAUGCGGAGGCAAUUCCCUCGACACCGACCAAGUCCCCACACAAGCAGCGCCUCGCUAGUAACGGAGGGGCCUUCACUCCCCCCAAUGGCUCGGCGAAGCGUGCAGCUCUGGGAGAGAUCCAAACGAAUGACCGUAGCAAUUCCCACAACACAGUCAGUGUUCAGGACGACAAUCUCCCGGCCCCAACUCCCGGACAGCCACGAAAGACUAGCAAGCUUUACGGAGGCGGUAGCGUGAGGUCUCCUCAACGCAUCAGCGAGAACGAGCCAUUCGAGAAGCGAGAAAGUGGUGUACUUCAACGAUUGGAUGGAGAGACUGAGGACGAGUACCUUCGAAACGCCAUUCUGCACAAGCGAACGACCUCGAAGUCACCGAACCCAAGGGACAAGCGACGAGUCAUGAGCGCAAUCACGACCACCACAAGCGUGACAACCACAUGGGCCGCAACUGGUGAAAGCGACAGCGAGAACGUUGCUCCAGCUGCCGGACGUCCCAAGACUCCCGCACGUGAGAAGAGCAUCAGUGGCCGAGGCGACAUCAGCGUGGGCAAGACACGUGCAAGCCCAGCUCGACGAGCCACCGAGAGCAAGGCCGGUGUGAGGAAGACGAGCGGACGGGUGGGCAGCGUUGGCGGUCGCGGCCUCCCCUGAAAAGUCACUUCAUCAUUGAGUUUAGCGCAAGCUUUUGCUUGAUCGGUGUCCUUUGCUAGAGCAUCUUGCAUCUUCUUUCACGAUCGGUGUUUCCAGUGGCAUGGCAUAUGUGGCGUCCCGGCUCUGUCCUGCUUCUUCGUUCUCUCCCUCCAUCUUUCUCACCGCGUCCUGGGCACAUAUUGGGCGAAAGGUCUGCAGGCGGGCGUUUCUUCGUGUACAAAUGGGUGGCGUUUGUUGGUUCUCUUCCACUCCUAAGUGGACACCUCUACUGGUGUGGCGUAUUCGUAAUGUGUGGGGUUCUCUCUUUCUCUCUCUUAUCAGUCAGUCAGUCAGUCAUCUCUUGCGUUUCCUUUCCUUUUUCCUUCUCUGUUAUUUCUCAACCUCUCUUCACGACGUGUAUGAUGGAUAUCUUUCGAUUUUAUGCACCAAUCCUGCAUUUUCGCUAGCAAUGAGAGCGUGAAGAAAUCAUUCAGUUCAAAAAC